GCAUCUCACUCUUUGCUACACAUCCAAAAUACUUUAUUUUCACAUAGUAUUGAUAAGUUAUGGCUUUAGAAUGGCCAAUGCAAUGUUGGUUUGCUUUCGUCCUAAUUUUGACAAUCUGGCCUAAUCAAGCUACUUCCCGCGACCUCCACAAGUCAUUAUCUAUGGCUGAGAGACAUAAGCAGUGGAUGGAAAAAUAUGGAAAGGCUUAUAAGGAUGACAAUGAGAAGCAAAGACACUUACAAAUAUUCAAGAACAAUGUUGAGUACAUAGAGUCCUUCAAUGCUGCUGGGGCCAAACCCUACAGGUUAGGCAUUAACCAAUUUGCAGAUCAGACCAAUGAUGAGUUUAAGGCUUUUCGUAAAGGAUAUAAGAGGCCCAGAGAUGCAAGGUUGGGGAAAACGUCAUUUAAGUAUGAAAAUGUGACUGUCGUACCUGCUAACUUGGACUGGAGAAAGAAAGGAGCUGUUACUCCUAUAAAGAAUCAAGGCCACUGCGGCAGUUGUUGGGCUUUCUCAGCAGUGGCAGCCACUGAGGGGAUCAACCAGAUAACUACAGGCACAUUGAUCUCUCUAUCCGAGCAAGAGCUUGUGGAUUGUGACACUAAAGGUAAUGAUCAAGGCUGUGAGGGUGGUUAUAUGGAAGAUGCAUUCAAGUUCAUAAUAAACAACCGAGGCAUAAGCAGUGAAGCUAAUUACCCCUACAACGAAACUGAUGGAACUUGUAACACAACAAUGAAAGCUUUCCCUGCAGCUAAAAUAACUGGAUAUGAACAAGUUCCUGCCAACAAUGAGACAGAGCUGUUGAAAGCAGUAGCCAACCAGCCAAUAUCUGUUUCGGUUGAUGCUGGAGGAGACUUCAUGUUCUACGAAAGUGGUGUUUUCACUGGAGAUUGUGGAACUGACCUAGACCAUGGGAUCGCAGCAGUUGGUUAUGGUAACACUAGUGAAGGUGUCAAAUAUUGGCUUGUCAAGAAUUCUUGGGGUGUUGAAUGGGGUGAAGAAGGAUACAUCAGGAUGGAAAGAGAUGUUGCUGCUAAGGAAGGCCUCUGUGGAAUAGCUAUAGAUUCCUCUUAUCCCAUUGCCUAAUUAAUUACAUAUUGUUCAAGCAUCUUUAAUUAUGUAUUUUUAGCUUUCACUUUCGAAUAAUUGCAUUUCCCAAACUUCAUUUUAAAUAUUUCUGUACUAAGAUUGUUCUCCC